AUGUCUGCUUCCGCUUCCACUGGCUCGCCAACCAACUACCUAGGAACCAUACUCUUUCUUUCCCACAUUAUUAUCACCUUGCUAUUCACGACUCAUAUCACCCUAUCUCUAUACCAUCAAUACCAAUCCCACAACCCCAAAAACGCCCGACCGAUCAAGCCCCUCAGAUCCCUCAUCCUCCUCUCUGGAACUAGUUUCGUAACCCUCUCAUACCACAUGCUCAUGUUCCUGAUAACAUCGUACCAAAACUGGGACGCGAAUUCAAGUCUACAAGACUCCGAGAGCAGAGUGUCCGUGAAAUCAAUUUGGAAUUGGAUGCUCUCAUCCGAACUCUUUGGCGACUUUGCAAAAGAGCUUGUGAGCGAUGGGCCGAGUGUGUUGUGGACGCAAAUUGCAGUGCUUGGAACAUGGUUUUGGGAGAUCUGGAUUGCGGGGAAAGCACACGAGAGUGGACUAUCUCCACGAAAGAUGUUUCCAUUUUUAAUUUUAGGGCAGAUGUUGCCGAUAUCUUUUACUGCCACUCUCUUUAUUCUCCACCUCCGCCUUCGACUUUCAUUCCCUCUCGCCCAGAAAUUCCGGCAGAGCCCCUCAAACCCCCAAAAUCCAUCCCAGUCCUCACCUAAACCCUUCGCAAUCCCCCUCACAAUCCCAACCGCUUUGCUAAAUGCCAUCCUCCUUCUCCUCCCCUCUCUCCUACGCUCCCGACACUAUUCUCACUUCUUCAUUCCGGGUCUCCUUCUCACGCGUUUAAUUCUUCUGCUCCCUUAUUCUGGUUUCGUACUGUUGGCAGAUGAGGAUAUAUUAAGAUGCAUGUUACUCUCAGGAGGCUUUGUUGUAGCAAAUAUGAAUAUUUUGACGAAAGGUUAUGGGAUUUGGGAUUUGACGAAGGGAUUGUGGGAGAGUGGGUAUGCGGUUAGGGCGAUGGGAUGGGAUGCUGUGGUUGGGGUCGUAGUUGCAGCGGUCGUGACAAGGGGCUUCUACGCAGGACGAUAG